GACUCAAAAGCUUACUAUCAUCUUUUGAAUCAAAUUGCACCCAAACAAGGCAACAAUGGAAAAACAGCCAUUGUGAUUGAUCUUUCAGGCUUUAAUGAACCAAAUGAUCUGAGGAGGGCUGAAUAUAUGCUUCAACAAGCAGAUAAAUUGGGUUGCAAACAGUUUGUGACUCCUACAGAUGUGGUUGCAGGCAACCCUAAACUUAAUAUAGCCUUUGUUGCAAACCUCUUUAAUACUUACCCUGCCCUACAGAAGCCUAAAAACAAUUCUUAUGAUUUCAAUUUAUUAGAAGGUGAAAGUAAGGAAGAAAGAACAUUUAGAAAUUGGAUGAAUUCAUUGGGUGUAACUCCUUAUAUUAAUCACUUAUACAGUGAUCUUGCUGAUGGUUUAGUAAUCUUUCAACUCUAUGAAAUGGUCCGUGUACCUGUAGAAUGGAGUCAUGUCAACAAACCACCAUAUCCUGCACUUGGGGGUAACAUGAAAAAGAUUGAAAAUUGUAACUAUGCAGUAGAACUGGGAAAGACAAAGGCCAGAUUUUCAUUGGUUGGAAUUGGUGGAAAAGAUCUCAACGAAGGCAACUCAACCUUGACCUUGGCACUAGUCUGGCAAUUAAUGAGAAGGUUUACUCUGAAUGUACUAUCAGACCUUGGAGAAGGGGAGAAAGUAAAUGAUGAAACUAUUAUUAAAUGGGUGAAUCAAACUCUUGCAAAUGCAAAUAAGACCACUUCAAUAUCUAGCUUCAAGGACCAAUCUAUAAGCACUAGUUUGCCAAUAUUAGAUUUAAUAGAUGCUAUCGCACCAAAAGCAGUCCGCCCAGAAAUGGUCAAGAGAGAAGAUCUAACACCAACAGACAAGCUAAAUAAUGCUAAGUAUGCUAUUUCUAUUGCUCGGAAAAUUGGUGCUUGUAUAUAUGCCUUACCGGAUGACUUGGUAGAAGUGAAGCCAAAAAUGGUCAUGACAAUGUUUGCAUGUUUAAUGGGAAGAGGAUUAAACAAAAUGAAAUAAAGAACACUUUUUCUUUUUCUGCCAUGAUAAACGCAUUGAAUGCCUCAUUGUUUACAGAUUAGUAUAAAGCAGAUAAUUUAUAUAUAUAAAUGUGGAAAAGUCAGAUUAUUUAAAAUGAUUUUAGUUAUCACUUGAAAUGUGUAUUACAUCAGUAUGUGAGCUAACAUUGCUAACAUGUUGCAAUAAUUGUAAUUAACAUUACUAUAUUCAGCAGCUUUUUAAAUCUGUAUAUGAUUUUUCUCAGUACAAAAAUUCCCAAGAUUGUAAAGUGCUAUUUUAGGAAAUACUAUAAAAUCAAAACUUUUGAUUGAUGAGAUAAAUUUCAAUUGUUGCUCGCAAACAUCUCUUGCUAUGUUGUAAAAUAAGGAGACAAUGUUUUCAAUAAAAGAGAAUAUAUGUAGCUCAGGGUUGAACUGUGGAGUCCUUGGUCCUCUGUGAGUUUGGUUCUUUGUAGAUGUUUCAUUACCUGACUAGGUAACAUCGUUAGCACUAGUAAGUAUGGAAUUUGCUCACUGUUUAUAUACAGUGUCAAUAUAUAUCCUGCCAGUAUUGGUGGAAGUGUGAUUUUCUCCAUGGUAGUAGUUCCUGGAUAUCCUUAUCAGCAGAGGAAAUAACGACAAAUUACAAACACAAGUCUAUCAAAAACAAUCCACACCAAUCAAGCGCUCCAUUACCAAAGUAACAACCUAACCUCCUACAAUAGUUGCUGUGUAAGACCAUUAAUCAGAAGAAUACAAACACUGCAGCAACAAAACACCAGAAAAAGGAAACACACAAGUUAUGAAAACAACUCUACCACACAUUGAAAACAUCUCAGAAACAACUAAUACUAUAUAACAGUGUUUCUCAACUUUGGUAACUUGAAGAUGUGUGGACUGCAGUGUAGCCCAAGAAUAAGCCUACAUCAUAUAGUGUAAGGAUCAAAACAACCACUAUAUAGGAGAGACAAACGGAGCAGAUCUUAUGAACACCAACCAGCAAUCAGAAGACACAACGAAACUCCUUAAUCUCACAAUAUAUGGACAGACUCUGCUAUAGUUCCAACUUGGAAACUGAGUAUCCUAGAUGAAACUAAAUUCAAAAAUACUAGAAAAUUCCUCUGAGCUUGGUAGUCAGACAAAUCAGCUAUCAGAAAUAAACCACAUUGCUACACCAUUCAAGAGAUAAUAAAAAAGCUAAGGAAACAAAAAGACCAGAAAACAUCCUUUCCAGCAGCUGAUACCCAGGUAAGCAGGAAUUAACACCAUAUAAACAAUGAAGCAGAAAACAAUACCUUAAUCAAGGAACUCCUUAAAAGAAAACUACACCAACAAACCAGUAGCAAAGCAAGCUACUAUAUAUAAACGGAACAAAGUCCAUACUAACACUGCUGAUGUUACUUAGUCAGGUAAUGAAAUGUAUACAAGCUAACAGCACCAAGGACUCCACAAUGUUUUAAGCUGUAACAAAUCUUGUAUUUCAACUAUGAUUUAGGUAUUGAAAAGAAAAUGUUCCCUUACCAAAGCAUAUUUCUUUUAUUAUUUGCUGGUGUAAAUUAUAGUUAAUUAUUAUGUGAAUAUCACUGUUCUUUAGACUUCUUGUUGGAAAACAACUUCACAGAGAGAUCGUACAAACUGUAAAUAAACCUUAAGCAUUGAUGAGGCCGGUAUGGGAAGAAUCAGUAAAAUUUGCUCUGAAGAGAGAAAAUAUACUGUUUCAAUCUCAAAUCCCAUUAGCAUAGUCAUGAAAAGAGCCAUUUACAAUGGCUCCAGAAUAGUAACUUUUGUUAAUUAAAUUGUAAACUGUUUUCUAUUUCAACUUUUCAGAAAAAGGAAUUUAUAGACAAUAUGGCAGUAUGUUAGUUAUCUUUAUGAAGCAAUCAGGAAUGUGACAAAAUGAAGAUAUUUUGAUACAGAAAAGGAAUUGGUGUAUUCUCAUAGCUGUGCUUGAAUGCCUCUAUUACUGUUAGGAUAACCAUUAUACAUUAGAUGCAGGAUUGUACUGGUAAUAAACUAAUUAAAUAUUGGGAAUUAAAAUGUUUUUAAAUUUGUUACACUGAUAGUUAAAAUUUAUUACUUGUGCUGUUGAAUUUACAGAUUCCAUCUCUGAGAUUUUUUUGUAGAAAUGUUUCUUCUGUAUUACAACUUGUACAUUUUAUAUAAAAAAACAAAAAAUACUAUAAAAAUCAAACUGUUAGGAUUUGCAGUCUAAAAUAAAAUUAAAACAUGUUUAAUGAUAGCAGGAAAUAGUAUGUAUAUUGUAUUACUUGCAGUGUGUUUGUGUGUGUGAAUACAAACAUACAUUUUA